AUGCUUAUCAAUUGGCAUCGCUUGCAUCACGACAUAGGACUUCAUGAUCCGGUCCUAUUACGUUGGAAUAUCCUGUGGAUCGGUGUUUUUGGGUCGUUUUCCCGGGACCAGCAGGGGGAUAGAAGUGACGUCGAUAUCAUAGUUCUCGAAAGGUCAGACAGUGAAGUUGAGUUGGAGGAGAGCAGGGAAGAAGGAGAGGAUGCUAUCGACUUGGACCCAUGGACACUUGAGGAUCUCCUCCCGAGGGUCUGGUGUAGACCCGUCCAAAUUGUGCGUAUUGAAAAACAAGAACUACACGGACUUGUUUCCGUGGACGCCCUCCUGACCGCUCGAACUAUUCACGGCAAUGAUCAAUGCGAAGAGAUUUUGAAGCUUCGUCAGGACGCCAGGAGCUAUCUGGAGCAAGGCUGGUCCGUCUUCAAAACGGCGGAAGCAGAGAUCGAAAUAUUGAAAUCAAAGGUGGAGAGCAUUGGAGGUUUCGAAGAAUUCGCAAAGUCACCGUCUCUCCAGCAGUCUGUCCGUGACGACCUACUCCAUAUUAUAAAGGGUUUCGAUAUAAAACCCGUAUGGCAUCCCAUCCACGAAGGAUUCUGGACGGCCGUCAUACAACCCGCAAACGAGCUGCAAAAGAUUAUCACCACGAACCAGGACGGUCCUGAUUAUUGGAAGGGCGUAUGGGAAAUCCUUACUGCUUCAUCUCCCAAAAGCGUCCAAAGUAUCUUGAUGAGAUUGAAGAAGUUUGUGUUUCCUACCCUCACUGAUAUCGAGGAACGUAUCAAGCUCUCCGAAAGAUUAGAGCACGAAGCACCAACAGAACAAUCAGCAAUACCGCUAGCACAAGCAGCAGAAGCAGCAGAUAAUGAAAACCAAAUCUCCACAAUCAGACAAGCAGAGGAGAUAUCCGAAACUAGGAAAGAGUCGGUUGAGGUACCGAUAACAACAAAGCAGCCUCGGAAGGAGAGCGGUCUGAAACGACGAUGGAAGAAGUUCAAGGCACGUCUACGCCUCUAA